AUGGUUGAAUUUGGCAAGUACAUUGCUUCAACACAGCGACCUGACGGGACCUGGCGGAAGCAGCGGAGGGUGAAAGAAGGCUAUGUGCCACAAGAGGAGGUCCCAGUGUAUGAGAACAAAUAUGUGAAGUUUUUUAAGAGUAAACCAGAUCUGCCUCCAGGGCUGAGUCCAGAGGCCACCGCUCCUGCCACCUCAUCCAGGCCUGAAGGUGGUGAACCAGGUCUCUCUAAGACAGCCAAACGCAACCUAAAGAGAAAGGAAAAGAGGCGACAGCAGCAAGAGAAGGGAGAGGCAGAGGCCUUGAGCCGGACUCUUGAAAAGGUGUCCCUGGGAGAGACAGCUCACCUCCCUAGUGCUCCACAGGGCUCUCGAGCCCUCCCUACAUCUGCCUCUGAUCAGUCUGACUCAGCUGCCACCACUGAGAAAGCCAAGAAGAUAAAGAACCUAAAGAAGAAGCUGCGACAGGUGGAAGAACUGCAGCAGCGGAUCCAGUCUGGGGAGAUCAGUCAGCCAAGCAAAGAGCAGCUGGAGAAGUUGGCAAGGAGGAGGGCACUGGAAGAGGAGCUGGAGGACUUGGAGUUAGGCCUGUGA